CCUGGUCGAAAGCCAACUCCUUCACGUCGGCUGCUAGAGACGUCUAGAACAACAACUAAAAAAUACCAAACCUUCAACUUUAGUCGGUAAUGUGAGCAGCAACGAUCAAAGGAGUAAAUUCCUGUAUCGUCGCUCAGAAUUCCUCCACAGUAAUUAAGUGCUCGAGAUUUCCAUUGUACUUGAUCCUCUUUCCCUAAGAAAAAGAAAUAAUGUUAUUCGAUGCUGUGAAGAGAUUCUUUGGGGUUGGAGGGAACUUGUCAAGCAAUGACCAUGAGCAACAACCCCAACCUGAACCACAAUCACCAAUAUCAAUUUAUAAUAAUGGACAUCUAGUGCCCUUUAACAGAGACCAUCACAUGCCCCCUGACAUAAGUCAAAUUGAGUCGGAAAUUGCUCAGGUGCAUAAAUUUAUGGAGCAGCAAAUGCGCACAAUGAUGGGCUCCUUUGGUUUCUCAUUUGGUAACCCAUUUUCUGGUUUUGGCUUUGAAGAUGACAGCCAUGGACCAUUUAUUGGAUCCCCACCCUUUACUGGAAACAUGCCAAAUUUUCCAAAUAUAUCAGAUGGUCAAGAAAUAAGUCCUCCCUUAGAACCAAGAGAUGAAGUGUUAAAGCCACAGUUCAGGUCAAAGUCAGCUGGACAAUGGAGUGGCCAAGACAAAAUUCUUGACGAUAGGUUAAAUAAUGAAGGACUAAAUUCAAUCAUAGGAGAAUUAAAUCCGUCAAAUGGCAUCAUACAAGAGAGAAGUAAUCCAAUGGCUGAUACAUUCUUGCCCUUCUUUGGAAAUGACCUCUUCAGGAAUGGCUUAUUUGGUGGGGUACUUCAACCAGGACAAGAAUCCAGUUUUGUGCAGUCAAGCUCAACUAUGACUGUUUAUUCAAAUGUUAAUGGCCACAAGUCCAUGGAGAAAAUUGUUAGACAUCCAGACGGGAGAAUUGAGAGGACUGUUAUAACUGAUGAUGGAAAUCCCAAUCAGUGAAAGUGAUCAGUCCACCAUUUCGAUAACCUGCCAUGUAAGCAGCUCUAAUACUUCCGAUGUAACAAUCUCUUUUGUCAAUAUUUCAAGAAUAUAUUAUAGUAUUUGCAUGUCCUUUCUGUUUAAAAAUUUAUUUGUUUAAUUUUCAGUGAAUUGUUUAGGAAUGUAAAUAAAUUGAACAUUUUAUUGCA